AUGCCGACGAUUGGGGUAGACAAGGCGGCCCUUUUCAAGGAGCUGGGCAAAGAGUACACUUACCAAGAGUUUGACGACCUGUGUUUCGAAUUCGGUAUCGAGUUGGACGAAGACACAAGCCUGAGCACCAAGCCAGAAGAUCAGGCGCAACCACCACAACUCAAGAUCGAGAUUCCGGCGAAUCGAUAUGACAUGUUAUGUUUCGAGGGUAUCGCCAUGAACCUAAAGGUCUUCCUUGGAAAACAGAAGUUGCCCAAGUGGACCGUCACUGCGCCUAAGGGAGGAGAGCUUGAGGUGCUGGACAUUAAGCCUGAGACCAAGCAAAUACGAGAGCUCUGCUCUGGUGUCAUACUGCGGGGCAUCAACUUCACGAAAGAACGAUACGAGUCCUUCAUCGCGUUACAGGACAAGCUACAUUCCAACCUGGCGCGUCAACGGACGCUGGUAUCCAUUGGAACACACGAUCUUGAUACAAUCAAGGGUCCCUUCUCCUACGAAGCGCUACCGCCGGAGCAAAUCAAGUUCGUACCGCUCAACCAGGAGAAGGAAAUGAACGCAAAGGAGCUCAUGGAGUUCUAUGAUAAAGACAAGCAUCUCGGACGUUUCCUGCACAUCAUUCGCGACUCGCCAGUAUACCCCGUAAUCUACGACUCAAAUCGCACUGUCCUCUCGCUACCGCCUAUUAUCAACGGCAACCAUAGCAAGAUCACACUCGACACGAAGAACGUUUUCAUUGAAAUAACUGCGACCGAUAAGACCAAGGUCGAGAUCGUCAAUCACAUGCUCGUCGCCAUGUUUGCUGAUUACGCCGAGUCAAUCGAACCUAUCAAGAUCAACUCACCCCACAAUGGAGAGUCAAGAGAGUCGCCGGAUCUUUCACCGCGGCAGAUGCAGGUUGAGGUCGAUUACCUGAACCAGGUCACGGGUCUAGAUUUGUCGCCUGAGGAGAUCUCAAAACUUUUGGCGAAAAUGGGUCACGACGUUUCGCCAUCGCAAUCCGACAAGAACAUCCUCGACGUUUCUGUACCCAUCACCCGAGCGGACAUCCUACACCAAGCUGAUAUCAUGGAGGAUUAUGCCAUCGCCUACGGCUUCAACAAGCUGCCAAGAGUAUAUCCCAACAAAACUGCUGCCGUAUCAGCGCCAUUGCCGAUAAACAAACUUGGCGACAUAGUACGAAUUGAGUCUGCCUCGUCAGGAUGGACUGAAGUCAUGCCCCUCAUCCUCUGCUCACACGAGGAGAACUUUGAGUGGCUGAACCGAAAAGACGACGGCAAGACGGCUGUCAAGCUUGCAAACCCCAAGACCGCCGAGUACCAGCUCGUUCGGACGUCACUACUGCCAGGUCUCCUCAAGACGAUCAACUCUAACAAGCAUCACUCUGUACCGAUGAAGAUCUUUGAGGUUAGCGAUAUUGGUCUCGUCGAUUUGGAGCAGGAGAGGAAGAGCAGGAACGAACGACACUUCGCUGCCGCUUUCAUGGGCAAGACAAGUGGCUUCGAACAGGUACACGGUCUGCUGGACAGGCUGAUGCUUAUGCUUCGAUCAGCGUUCCUUACACGGGAAGACGGAUUGAAGAACGACCAGCUACAGGGUUACUGGAUAGAAGAGGUCGAUGACCCAACUUUCCUUGCUGGACACUCAGCGGCUAUCAAGCUCAAUAUCGGCGGCAAGAACCAUACCAUUGGUGUCUUCGGUAUCUUGCACCCGAGUGUGCUCCAGAAGUUUGAGUUGCCAUACCCUGUGAGUACAGUAGAGUUCAACCUAGAGGUCUUCUUGUGA